AAACUACACCACAGUUAGUCUGUGACCAACAUUGCGCGAGUGUAGAACUCUCGUCAAAAGUUAUUUGCACGAUGUUUCGUGCUUUCGGUACCUCCCCAUUGGUGGACACUAAUGCACCGGUAGAACCAACAUCCUGGGGAUUGCCAGCAUAUCCUCCCCUUAUCAAAGGUUUCAUAAAUUGCAACACAAGUGCGUUUCAGUCUCUAACGCAGUUACAUGGGAAAGCUCCGUAUUUCCCUGGAUUGGAUGACCAAGCCGGGACAGUACUGUUAGAAGAGCCUAGUCAUCUUGCAGAUAGUACCCUAAGUACCCAACCCCUAAGUUCUCCAUCUAGAUCAUCCCCGCAUUCGCAAGGUUCUGAGGGAGGAGAAAGAUUCUCCAGGAAAGUUUUUGUCGGUGGAUUGCCACCUGACAUCGAUGAAGAUGAAAUAACAGCAAGUUUUAGACGAUUUGGACCACUCGUAGUCGAUUGGCCACACAAAGCCGAAAGCAAAUCCUAUUUUCCACCAAAGGGGUAUGCGUUUUUGCUAUUUCAGGACGAAAAUUCUGUACAAAGUUUAAUUGACGCCUGCAUCACCGACGAAGAUAAAUUAUAUCUUUGUGUCUCUUCACCUACCAUUAAAGACAAGCCCGUUCAAAUUCGGCCAUGGAGACUUUCCGAUGCUGAUUUCGUUUUAGAUGCUUCGAUGCCUUUAGACCCCCGAAAGACUGUAUUUGUUGGAGGAGUACCACGUCCACUGAAGGCAGUUGAACUAGCCAUGAUAAUGGAUCGGUUGUAUGGAGGCGUAUGCUAUGCAGGCAUAGACACGGAUCCCGAACUGAAAUAUCCUAAAGGAGCUGGAAGGGUUGCAUUUAGUAACCAGCAGAGUUAUAUUGCAGCCAUUAGUGCACGAUUUGUGCAGUUACAACAUGGUGAUAUAGACAAACGAGUCGAAGUAAAGCCAUACGUACUAGAUGACCAAAUGUGUGAUGAAUGCCAGGGACAACGCUGCGGUGGGAAGUUUGCACCUUUCUUUUGUGCAAAUGUCACAUGUUUGCAGUAUUAUUGUGAACACUGUUGGGCAACUAUCCACUCAAGGCCUGGUCGUGAGUUUCAUAAGCCUUUAGUAAAAGAGGGUGCAGACAGGCCCCGAGCAGUACCCUUCCGCUGGUGUUAACGCAGGAGCGCUUAGUAUGGCUGCCGUCGGUUUUGGCUUUUUUUUACCACAGACGGCAUGCUAUUUUUUGCAUAGGCAUAAUUCUAUAGUAGCAAUUUAUACAUAUUUAAAUACAUAUGUAACCAGUUAUCUUCUUUAAAUAAGACGCCUGACGAUAGGGAAAUGAUUAAGAACAGUUAUGAUGUAUAUCAGGCGACGUUUGUCUUUUUUACCUUGUUCAAUGUGAAAUACGAGGUGUGACACUAAAAUACUGAGACAGACGUUGACUUCUUUCAGUUUCUGACGCACUUUUUGAAAAGACAUGGACCCCCCAACGGUUGCCAAACACGUUUAUUCUUAUGAAAACGUGAAAAAAUGAGAGCAAAGGUGUGCCUUCUCUUGAUUAGAUCGGGGAUUAAUAAUCGAAAUGCUAUUUUUGAAAAACAUUUUAAAAUAAUUCUAAUUUAUUUGUUUUAUUCUUAAACUUUUGCAAGGCAAUUUUACUACUUGAAAUCGAGUCUCAUUUGUUUAUUGACAUACCUCGUAGACCCCCCUUUCACCUGCACAGAAGGAUGUCGUAUGUUCGUUUUACGAGAUUUGGAGAACGUUUUGUUUUCUUUUUUUUUUUAACUUCAGGGUAUUUGUAAAUACUAGUCUAAUCUAUAGCGCUGUGCAGAAAGUAAAGGGAGCUAGCUCUCCCUUGCGGCAAAACACUUAGACAGGGUCGGACUUAAGGGGACAGCGAUGAUGCCUGGGACGUUACCUUUGCAAAGUCUUUAUUUUCUGCUCUUUAAAUGUUUUAUGGGUGGUAGAACGUAAGUCAAAAGAAGUAAAUAUUUUAAGGGUCCGCAUCUCAUUUCAACGUUAAAUUCGACCCUGUAUUUAGCCCCAAGUACCUGACCAGUCUGCUCCCGUCUUCUACCCAAAAACCGCUGCUUUGCUUAUUGUCCUCAUGUAUUCCUAACAUCCCUUAUUUGGUGUGUGAUAUCAUAGACGUCUUAAUGUAUUCAAUGAAUUUCCUUCACAUGAUCACUUACAAAUCGACCGAUUCAUUCAAAUAAAAAACAACUUCAGCCGGUUUGAAGAAUAUUUGUAGUAGAUUUUGCUAAUUAAUUACUAACGAGAAUUACCGAAACUUUUCGUACUAUACUACUUAAAAAAAAAAAAAAACAAGCUUUAAUACUGUAGUCAUAGGAUAGAGAAAACUUUCUUAUUAUUUUAACUUUCUUAUUUGUCGAUAAACAGGCGUAAUUCUUCUUUAAUUGAUUCAUCUAACAAUUAAAUUAUUUAUUGAACGCAGUCGCUUAAAUAUUUUAUAUAAACGUUA